CAACGCUGCUUCCCCGCGUCAUUCGAUUAUAAUGUCGUUACUUGGGUUAGUUCUGUUCUCUAUUACUUAUUCCCACUUCAUUCAAUCGAAAUUCCUUUCAAAAGUGUAAAUAAUUUAGCUUUACGUCAUUAAAGUGUGUAAUGCACGAGGUUCAGUCCUCAUUCCUCAUGUGAUGGGCAGAAACUUUCAAACAAUCAGCAAGAUAACUAGAAUCCAGGAGUUUACCUGUCAAAAAGUGGUUUAAAUAUGUUGCAUGUCACAAAAUAUUUAUAAAUACAGCAUUUUAAAGUUAACUGUAUAGAUCCGUUUCAGUGGUUUGGAGGUAAGGGUGGCAGAUCAAUAGAUGAAGUAUUGUAAAUUCAUCUGUUGAGGUGGUUAGGACAUGUGUUUGCUAGAAAUUCGGAAACUUUUAACCGCAGGAUAAUCUUGUUUCUGGAACUUCAUUCAAUGUAUUUUCAGACAGCUCCCAGCCCCAAUCCAGAAGGGCUCAGAUGAAUAUGGGACCGCUUUGAGCUUAAAUGUGGGUUCACGAGUCCUGGUUGCCAAGUCAACCAUCCCACCGUACGGACACCGAAAAAACUGGGUACCACGCAACCAGGAGGACUUUUUAGAUGGAGGGGCAUUCCCAGAAAUACAUGUUCCUCAAUAUCCUCUUGGGAUGGGCCAGGAGAAAAAUGUGUCGAAUGCCCUAGUUAUGAAAACCGAUAAGGAUGGAAGGAUCAGAUAUGACGAGCUUGUUCGUCAAGGGCACAGCAAGGAUAGGAUUAUCUACUCCAAGUUUUCAGACCUACUACCCAAAUCAAUAGAUGAUGACGAUCCCGAAUUCAACAAACCAAGUCAAGAAACUAUCGAAGAGACGACAGAAAAAACACGUAAAGCUUUAGAAUCAUUGGUUGAAAUGAAAGUUGCGGCUGCUGCACCUGUUCGUCGCGCUGAGAAAACAAACCCUGCUGAAUACAUCCGUUACACCCCAUCACAACAAGGUGCUGCCUUUAAUAGUGGGGCCAAACAACGCCUUGUCAGAAUGGUAGAAAUGCAGAAGGAUCCAAUGGAACCUCCUAAAUUCAAAAUCAACCAAAAAAUCCCUCGAGGGCCCCCUUCUCCCCCACCGCCUCUGAUGCAUUCCCCGGCGCGAAAAGUCACAGUAAAAGAACAACAAGAUUGGAAAAUCCCCCCAUGUAUCUCAAACUGGAAAAAUCCUAGGGGAUACACCAUACCGUUAGACAAGCGGGUUGCCGCAGAUGGCCGUGGUCUUCAAACGGUUCAUAUUAAUGAAAACUUUGCGAAACUAGCAGAGGCACUUUACACAGCAGACAGAAAAGCUCGUGAGGCCGUAGAAAUGAGAGCGCAAAUUGAAAGAAAAGUUGCUCAGAAAGAAAAGGAACGGAAAGAAGAACAACUUCAAAGAAUAGCUCAGCAGGCUCGUGAUACUCGAGCAGGUCUUCGUCGACCUGGUGCAACUGAGGGUGCAGACAAUGACCCAGGGUUACUUGACCGAGAAGAAUUGAGGCGUGAUCGUGCACGAGACCGUGCCAGGGAAAGAAAUUUAGCUCGUUCUAACACUGAAACCAAGGGUAAAAUUGAGAAAGACAAAGACAGAGACAUCAGUGAACAAAUCGCACUCGGACUGCCUAAUCCGCGAUUUAACUCAACAAGCGAAAGCCUAUUUGAUCAAAGACUUUUCAAUCAGUCAAAAGGUUUAGACUCAGGUUUCGACGGAGGUGCGGAUGAUUUGUACAACAUUUACGAUAAACCAUGGAAAGGUGAUUCUGAAUUGGCAGCUCAUAUAUACCGCCCACGUCAAAAAGAUUCUGAUCUAUAUGGGACAGACCUAGACGCACUUAAGAAAACUAAACGCUUUGUCCCUGACCGUGAAUUUUCUGGGACUGAUCAUUCUCGUCGUUUGGAUGGUCCAGUUCAGUUUGAAAGAGACGAAGAAGAUCCGUUUAAUCUCAGUAAAUUUUUAUCGAAAGUUAAAAAGGCCGAAAAACGUCCGGGUGAAGGUACCUCAGGAACAGACAUCAGUAAUCGUGAUACUACCCAUCGCAAAAGAGAUCGAAAAGACUAAACUAUUUCAACUUUCAUACUUUGUAUAUAUUGUUUAUGGUGAAAAAAAUUGCGAAGUGUUUUCUUAUUUUGUUGAUAAUCUGUAGUUGCAAAUUAUGUGAACUUAUUACGCUUCCACUGAGGUUAAGAUAUCUCCUUGUGUAUUUAAAGCUAAAUAAAAUUUAAUUGGUUACGCUAA